AUGAAAGAAGAUUAACGUAAAUUAGAACUAGGUUAUUAAUUUAGAAAAGGUGAAUAAACUCUUCCUGAAAAUGUUAAAAUGUUUUCUUUUAUGUCUUUUUAUGCAGGUGUACUUGGAUCAAUAAUUGGUUUAGGUGGAGGAAUGAUAUUAGUUCCUAAAUGGCUUGAAUUAGGCAUUUCUCCAACCAGAACUACUGCUUGUUCUAUUUGUAUUCUUUUUUUUACUUCAUUUAAUAGUUUUUUUUAGUAUUUUUUAGCUAAUGUGUAUAAUAUUGAAGAAAUUAUAUAUUUUUUUAUUUUAUCGGUUAUUAGUUCUUAGUUUGUAUGCAAUUAUAUAUUAAAUUAUGUAAAUAGAAAUAAUAAACAUUCUAUUUUAAUUCUCAUAAUGAUUAUUUUUAUGGCUUUUUCAUUUACAUAUAUGAGUAUAAUGACAUUUUCUCAUGCAAUAAACGAUUUAUCUAGUCUUUUUUAAUACGGAUCUUUAUGUUGA